AUGUCUCCGUACCAACUUGUUUUUGGAAAAUCUUGUCACCUUCCGUUAGAGUUAGAAUAUAAGGCAUUUUGGGCUAUUAAGGAGCUUAAUCUAGAUGCAACUCUAGCGGGAGAGAAAAGAAAGCUCCAACUCAAUGAGUUGGAAGAGUGGAGGUACCGAGCCUACGAAAAUGCCAAAAUUUACAAAAAAACGAAAAUGUGGCAUGAUCGUAGGAUCAAUCAAAGAAUUUUUGAAAAAGGUCAAAGAGUGCUCCUUUUUAAUUCUAGGUUGAGGCUUUUCCCCGGGAAACUCAAAUCUAGAUGGUCGGGACCUUUUACUAUUGUUGAAGUGAGAAAGUUUGGAACUAUCGAUCUCUUAAACCCACAAGACAAUACGGUUUUUAGAGUAAAUGGGCAUCGGGUCAAGCAUUUCUUCCCGGAAGGAAUGCAAGAUCCAAGCCAAAAAUCUCUCUGA